AUGGAAGUGAGAGAGAGAGGCGAGAAUGAUCUUUAUCAUCGUGAGUCAUCACUGCAAAUAUUGCCGACAUUAGGCACAACACCUGAAAUUGAGAAGAAAAGAAAACUCGACAGAUGCAGAAAGAAACAAUUGAUGACCCCUGCUGAGUCAAGACCAUGGGCUGCUCUUCCUAAGGAACUUCUUGAAAUUUUCUCUAAAUCUAACAGCCUUAGUAUUGCAGAUUUUCUCAGCUUUGGCAAAGUUUGCAGGAAUUGGAGAUUGUCUUAUUUGGAGACGAAAAGCGCAUUCAUGGCUUCAAGACCACCACUUGUCAUUUACAUUUCAACUCGAGCUAAGAGAUCUUGUUAUUUCUAUGAAAUAAAAACUUCCCCAAACACAUAUAAAACUAAACUCCCUAACUUUGCUCGCAACUUCUGUAUCGGUCUUUCCAAUGGAUAUUUAAUCAUGGAAGAUAUUUUCACCAACGUUUGGGUCAUUAAUCCUAUCACAGGCCACAAGCUUAAAUUCCCUCGUUUGUUUGAAACACCUAAUUUUUUGAAUUGCUCUGAUCGUGCUGUGUUUGCUUCAAUAGGAGACGACGCUAAAGAUAACUUUCUACUUGCAGUUCUUGCUCCAACAUACAAAACAUUGAUGUUCUUUGUCUCCCGAGUAAACCAAUGGCAACAGUUCUCUUAUAUAAGAAAGAAUUGGUCGAUUAUUGACAUCGUUGUUUUUGGUGGCAGGGUUUUUUGUAUAACAAGUGAAAAUCAGAUUGGAGUUCUAAGUGUUAAAACUUGUGAGGUAAUUCUUCUGAAUUUGAAAAAUACACCUCAAUUGAGAAGCAUUUGGCCUGUGAGAUUCGUGGCGUCAAAAAACCAGCUACUGAUUGUUGAUUUUCCUCGGGAGGGUAACGUUCUUGAAGUCUACACAAUCGAUUUGUUGAAGAUGGAGUGGGUUAAGGUCAACCAAUUGAGAGAUAAGGAUGAAGCUAUUUUCCUUGGUGAGAAAAUGUCUUCGAGAUUGAGCAACGCAACAAAUUGGGGAGGCCAAAGCAACUGUAUUUACUACCUGCCAUUCAAGCACAACACUUGUUAUAUAUACAGCAUAAGAGGGGAGAGUUUGGGAAGUUUUCCUAUCAUGAAGCAAAAAGCUGCUCCGAAAAUGAAUGGCUGGUUUUUCCCUGGCGAAUGUUUUACCCUUGAAAAUGUAAGAGAUGAAUAG